AACAACAAUAAGUUGUUAAUUAAUUGGUUUCCAAAAUGCAGCUCUUCAUCACAAAGAGAAAAAAUUGUAACAAUAAGAGCAUGUUUGAUCAUAGGGUUCUUAAACAUGCCAUGAUUUCUAUCAUAUCUCUAAUAAUUUUCUCAGCCAUAUUUUUCCUUAUUCAUGUUGAUACUAUUAUCCAACAUGAUGAUGAUUCCCUUCAUCACCCUUCUUCUUCUUCUUCUUCAAGCAAAGGAAUAAUUCCUCAAAAGUUGAAAGAAUCUCAAACGGAGAUAAAACUAGAAUCAGGGGUAGUAAGGUCAACAACAACUCUUACUGUGUCUCACAUAGCUUUGAAUUCACUGCAAGAAGGGAAUCAUAGAGAAGUUGAAAUAAUGGAUAAUGAUGAUGAUGAAGAAAGAGGGAAUACACAACUGGUUGCUCCAAUUAAUGUGAGUGAAUCAGAAAGGAUUUCUUGGUUUAGAGGGAAGAUGCAUGAAUUCAAGACUCAGUCAGACAAGCUUGCAAGGGAAUUCCAUGGCAGAGUUCUUGGAUUCUUUGGUAAUAAUAAUGGAUGUGAGGGUCAGUUCUUCAUGACAUGGAUUUCACCAGCGACUUCAUUUGGGUCAAGGGAAUUGUUGUCUGUUCAAAGUGUCUUCAAGGUACAUCCCAAGGCUUGUUUGGUAAUUUUGUCAAGAAGCUUGGAUUCGGUUCGUGGCUACCGGGUUCUAAAACCAGUUCUUGAUCUCGGGUUCAAAGUCCAGGCAAUCACCCCAGACUUGUCAUUUCUGUUCAAGGGAACGCCAGCUGAAUAUUGGUUUCAUCAAUUGAGGAAAGGAAAGAAGGACCCUGGUGAGAUCCCUUUGUUUCAGAAUCUCUCUAAUCUCAUAAGACUCUCAGUGCUAUACAAAUAUGGUGGUGUUUACUUAGACACUGAUUUCAUACUCCUUAAGCCUUUCACUGGGUUGAGGAACUGCAUUGGUGCACAAAGCAUGGAUUUAGGUCAAAAGCACUGGACAAGACUAAACAAUGCAGUUCUUGUAUUUGAUAUGAACCAUCCACUUUUGUUGAGGUUCAUUAAGGAGUUUGCAUUGACUUUUGAUGGGAACAAAUGGGGGCAUAAUGGUCCUUACCUUGUUUCAAGGGUGGUUAGUAAAUUGGGGAGGAAGUCAGGUUUCAAUUUUACAAUAUUGCCUCCUAUGGCAUUUUAUCCAGUGGAUUGGAAUAAGAUUGAUGGGCUUUUUAGGAAGCCCAAAACAAGAAGUGAAUCAAAAUGGGUUGAAGCAAAAUUGGUUCAGCUUAGUGGUGAGUCAUAUGGGGUCCACCUAUGGAACAAGCAGAGUGGGAGGUUGGUGAUUGAAGAAGGAAGUAUCUUGGGAAAACUCGUGUCUCAUCAUUGUGUCAUUUGCAAAACUCUAUUAUAGAUCAUUCAUAUCAUAAUCAUAUGUGUAAAAAGAUUGUUGAUUUUCAACCUUGGUUUUCUUUUCUGAGUCAUUUUAUUAUUAUUGUUAUUUUCUUUUCUCAAUGUAUAGGAAGUUAGGAACACCUUUGUGUAAAUCACGCACACGGCUACAAACAAUUUAUGAAGAAAUUCUCCUAGAAUCUUCAAUAUUCAAUGCCAAUUUACAAACUCUUUUUCAAUUGGGCAAUGGUAUGUGUAUUUUUACUUUA